AUGAUACUGCCCCUCCGAUGUUGUCCGGCAUGCGUGUCAUCCGGACCAUCCCGGCUCUCACCCGUCCUCCGCCAUCGAAUCCCUCGAACACUGUAUCAACACGACCUGACCACUCAAACCCGGUUCAAAGCCUCUGAAGCUCGGCGCCACCGAAGAGCAGUCACAAAACCUGACAACGAAGGGAACACAUCUUCCUCCUCAAAUUUAACUUCGAAUGGGGUCCAUGUACAAAAGAACGGCUCGAGCUCAGGGGUACCGAAUCGGAACCGCACGUUCGUCUCCGUCCGGGAGACUGAGGACGUCCCCUUAUCCUAUCGCGCCAUCGAUGGGUUGAGUAAGAGUCGAGGUAGGCUAGCGGGGAAUAACAGGAGUUCUUCUUCAACUUCAAAUUCUUCGAAUCCGGAGGAUCAGACGAAUAAUACCGCAAGGACAUCGAGAACAAGAUCGACGCCGACAUCGGACCCUUCAUCUUCAUCUGCGUUGAGCGAUCCAGUAUCAGACUCAUCGCAAACCCCUUUAAAAUCGAAACUAUUCAAAUGGCUCAAAUGGCCCAUCUCCAACUCUUCUUCCUCUUCCCUAUCAACCUCCUCUUCCCUAACGGACCCUUCAUCGGGACAACAUCCAGGAUCCCCAUCAGCAUCAAUAUCUUCAUCCGCAAUACACGAUCAGGACCAGAGGGGUUCAAACAAGGUCUUCCAAGAACUCAUGCAAGGUGCCCUCCUCUCCUCAAACUCAAACUCAAACUUAAACUCAAAUUCCAACCUCAACCCGCUUGUGGCCCAAGCUCGGAAUACAAGGAGUACAAAGUCUGAUAAGGCUGUACCUGAACCCGAGGUUGAGGUUGAAUCCGAGGUAGUGGUCGAUAGGGAAUUAAGAGAGUUAGGGGAAGGAGAGGUAGAGGUGGAUGAGACCGAGAGGGGUAGGCAGAUGGGGUUGUUACAAGAGGUCGCAGAAGAGCACGAGAGAGAAGCCGGCAUCGAAUCGUAUCAACUGAAAGAGACCAUCAAGAAGGGUCGGAUAGGGUUACAACACGGGAGGUUGAGUGCCAAGGAGAUUGAAAUCUCUGAGGUCAAGCCUGUUCGGGGUGUACCGGUUGCCACCCUGAAACGCGGGUUAUCCCGUGUGCUCUUCAACCCCUCGGUCCACUUUACCCGCGAUCCUCGUUCACACGUCUACAACUUUGAUACCUCCCUCGAACACGUCCCCCAGGCCGACCAGUUCGCUUAUCAUCGUCUACCUCAAUACAUCACCGCUUCGGAGGACGAAGACUUGUAUGAGCUCGUCAAGCGGACAGGGAUGAAGUAUUACGGAUCCACUUCGACGUUGACCAAGGCUCUUAGUCAGAUUUACUUUCAUAUCAGCGGUGCCAGACCGAUCAGCUUGGACAAGCUCAGUCAAGCGUUCGCCAACGAGCGAACGGAUUUUCCCGCUGGUGCCAAGUUGCCAGCGAUGUUAUGGGUCAAGACGAUGCCGGAUGGCAAGUACGCGGUGGACAACGAUAAGCGGUGGGAUAUCGACGAGAAUAUCUUGUCGGACUUGGGUCGAGUGAUGGAAAAGAUGGUGACCAGCGACGAAAAGGAAUUGAAGCGGUUCAUGUUGUCUAGCCCCGAAUCUGGGGUAUCCGAGGACGAGAGGAACGCCAGGGAGGCUUACCGAUAUUGCAAGGGUUCGAAAAUCUUGAUGCGAUCCCAGUUGGAUUGUUAUGACGAGCGAUUACCCGGUUCGGGAACGUUUGACAUCAAGACCCGUGCGGCUAUGGUCAUCCGCCACGAUCGAGCGAAUUACGAGGAAAACAGCGCAUACGACGUGUACAAAUUGACCGGUCUAGAAAACUCCUUCGAGAAGGAAUUCUACGACAUGUGUCGAUCGGCAUUCUUGAAGUACAGCAUGCAAGUCCGGAUCGGCGGGAUGGACGGGAUCUUUGUAGUGUAUCACAACACAGCUCGGAUCUUCGGGUACCAAUAUGUCUCCCUGGCGGAGAUGGACGAGAUCCUGCACGGCUGCGCGGCCAUGGGAGACCAGGCGUUCAAGCUGUCCACCAUUAACCUCGUAGUCGACGCCAGCCAGGGAUCAGAACUUCUUGCUUUCGUUACGCCAAAGACGGACGAGCCGGUCGAAACUGCUCCGGUCGUGCGUCUGAAGACCUCUGUUAUCAACAAGCUCGACGGUCAAAAGGUGAUGGGCCCGGUUGAUUUCGAGAGCGUAAACCCAAGGAACCCCUCGAGCGUGAAAUGGACGAUCGAAUACGAGAUCGAAAAGACGACAAUGGAUGAGGAAGGCUAUUCGCUCGCUCGACGAGGCUUGCAAACAGCUCGCAAGAAGUAUACGAACAUGACCUCCUUGAACCUCCCUACCGGGAAGACGGCGGAGGAUAUGAACCUCGCCGCACUCGAGCCCGAGGAAGGGGUGCUGGUGAACGAGAACGAGACUAAGCCAUCGACGGAUUCGACUGUGGAAAAGGACAAGGAGGAAAAGAUGGCCGUUACCAAGUGGAAGACCCCCGACGGGCGGAUCCUUGCCCUCAGGAGACUUGCCAAGGCGAGUGGAAAGGAAUACGAAGAGAGGUUGCUAGGGACAAGAGGGAAGGAGGCGGUCGUAUGGAAGCCAUAG